AUGCCUGCCAAGAGUUCCAAAAAAAAUUCCGUGCAACCAGUGCCGGAGAAGCGCGGUUAUGAAUUCGGUGGCCCCCUAGGUGCAUUUGGCAUUGUCUUCGGUCUUCCUGUCCUGAUCUACCUCUUUACCUUCGUCUGCAACGAUGUCUCUGGCUGUCCCGCACCGGGCCUCCUUAGCCCCUCGACCUUGUCGCUCGACCAAUUGAAGCGUGAAGUGGGCUGGCCAGAGGAAGGAAUCACUGCGCUUUAUGAUACUGAGGUCACCCUGUGGAUAUUGAGCUACUAUGCCUUCAGCCUGUUCUUGCAGGUCUUCCUCCCCGGCCAAGAGGCCGAGGGGUCUAUGCUGGCCUGCGGAGGCAAGCUGAAGUACAAAUUCAAUGCCUUCCCAUCCGCCAUCAUUAUUCUCUCAGGCCUUGCUGGAGGCACCUAUCUCUAUGGAGCCGACUUUGUGGUGUGGACAUUCCUGUGGGACAACUAUGUCCAGGUGAUCACCGCCAACCUGUUGAUCUCCUCGUCGAUCGCAAUGUUUGUUUAUCUUAAGAGCUUCACGGUUCCAGAGGCUGGCAAGCUCAACCCCAGCCUGCGAGAGCUGGCACCUGGUGGCCACACUGGCAAUGCGCUCUACGACUUCUUCAUUGGCCGCGAGCUCAACCCUCGCAUUAGCCUGCCCAUCCCCUUCGUCAGCGAGGCAUCGCGCACCAUUGAUAUUAAGGUGUUUAUGGAGAUGAGACCCGGUCUGCUUGGAUGGACUAUCCUGAACUUGUCCAAUGUCGCCCACCAGUACCGAACCUACGGCUACGUCACCGACUCCAUUGUCCUGGUCACCAUCUUCCAGGCCUUCUACAUCUUGGAUGCUCUGUACAUGGAGCCGGCUAUCAUGACCACCAUGGACGUUAUCAUGGAUGGAUUCGGCUUCAUGUUGUCCUUCGGUGACGUGGUCUGGGUUCCCCACGUGUACAGCAUCCAAACUCGCUAUCUGUCCGUCUUCCCGUACGAGUUGGGCUUGACUGGUAUUGCCGUUGUUCUGGGUGUUACUGCUCUCGGAUAUUCGAUCUUCCGCGGUGCCAACAACCAGAAGAACCGUUUCCGCACCAACCCCAACGACCCGCGCGUCAAGGACAUCAAGUACAUUGAGACUGCCGCUGGAUCCAAGUUGAUGAUUUCUGGCUGGUGGGGUCUGGCACGUCACAUCAACUACCUGGGUGACUGGAUCAUGUCGUGGGCUUACUGCUUGCCCACUGGCGUUGCAGGCUACGUUCUUAUUGAGAGUAUCAACCCUGCUAGUGGUGACCUUCAGAAGCAGGCCGUGCAGACCCCCGAGAUUCGUGGCUGGGGUAUGAUCUUCACCUAUUUCUACAUGCUGUACUUCGGUGUCUUGUUAAUCCACCGCGAGAUGCGUGAUGAGGAGAAGUGCGAGAAGAAGUAUGGUGCUGACUGGAAGCGCUAUACCUCAAUUGUUCGCAGCCGUAUCAUCCCUGGAGUCUACUAA